GCCGCGGCGCCCCGCCCCGUUGCUGCGCUAUAAAGGCGAGGCGGGUGGUGUGCUUUUGGCUCAAGCUCUGUUUAGUGCUGUCGUUGUGUUUUUUCUGUUUGUACUGUCGCUUGUCAGACCCCCCAACCGCCAAAAUGGUGAAGCAGAUCGAGAGCAAGGAAGAUUUUCAGGCAGCCUUGAACAGUGCUGGAGAUAAACUCGUUGUAGUUGACUUCUCAGCCACAUGGUGUGGGCCUUGCAAAAUGAUCAAACCUUUCUAUCAUUCCCUCUCUGAAAAAUAUGGCAAUGUGGUGUUCCUUGAAGUUGAUGUGGAUGACUGUCAGGAUGUUGCUUCAGAAUGUGAAGUCAAAUGCAUGCCCACGUUUCAGUUUUAUAAAAAGGGAUUAAAGGUGGGUGAAUUUUCUGGUGCUAAUAAGGAAGAACUUGAAGCCACCAUUAAUAAAUUAAGCUAAUCAUGUUUUCUGAAAACAUAGCCAGCCAUCGGCUGCGAACUGCCAUCUGAUUAUAAAUGACAAUAAAAUAUUAAUUUUACCCCUUUUAAAA